UCAUGGGCAGGAAAGCUUGAGCUGUGUCUGAAUGCAGUUCAAGGCUGACUCGCACUUGAUAUAUCCGCAGCAGUUUCACUCCCUUGUUCCAUAGUUUUUAUGCCCCUGUUUCCAGAGCCAGUAAUUAAGAAAUGGCCAAAUCAUUACCUGUAGUAGCCCACGAAGAUUUGGAUAGCUUUACCUUGACCAGGACAGGCUCGGGCUUUGCACUCAAAGCCUUUCAUAUUUCUUGGAACACUCACAUCUCGGUGAAGCUGCUGACCAGCCAGGACACUACAGAGAGGGAGUUGAAGUUGCUACUUCAGGAUAUAGCAAAUGUCAGAUGCUAUGAGUCUGAACGUCUCCUGCCUUCUCUUGGGAUUUACCAGUACCAUGGACUUGUGGGGAUAGUGACUGAAUGGAUGAACAAUGGAUCCCUCUACUCACUCAUCCAUGAGCACCAGCUGUACCCAGAACUUCCAUUUCCCUUACUCAUAAGGAUCCUGGUGGAUGUGGCUGAAGGGCUACAUUACCUUCAUAGCCUCAAGCCUGCUUUCUGCCACUGCAGUCUGAAACCCUCCAAUGUGCUUUUGGAUACGCAGUACAGAGCCAAGAUAUCAGAUUAUGGACUAACCAACUGGAGGAAACAGCAACUGAGGUCAGACCUGCAGACCUGCAAUCAGAGAAACUGCCGGGAUUUAGUGUACCUCCCACCUGAAAUACUUGAAGGAGGCCUUCCUUCCCAGGAAGGUGAUAUUUACAGUUUUGGAAUACUCUGUUGGGAAAGCCUAAGCAGACAGAAACCUUUUGAAGGUCAAACAACACUGCUGGAAGUUUUGACGGGAAUCCACGGCAGUCUGCGGCCUGGCAUUUCAGAAAAGUUUAUACCAAGCAAUUUGCCUGACAGGAAUAGACUGUUGCAUCUUAUCGCUUUGUGCUGGCAUCAAGAACCUGCUUAUAGACCACAUACUGCAGAAUGUGUAGACCUUCUAAAUGGAAUUUUGACUAGUAUAAAUAAGGAGGCAAUUUCCACUGCAAUCUACAAUCUGAUGGAUGCAAAGGAGACAGCACUUAGUGCAGGCAAAGGUUCAGAAAUAUACACACUGCAGACAGACAUAUGCAAUUCAGAGGUCAUCUGUUCACCAAAACCCAACCAUGUAAUCAGCAAGAAAAUUUCUUUUGUAGUGCCAAGCUUGUCAACUAUUCUACUUGAUACCUGUGCAAAUAAUGCAGGAAGAAGAAAUAUUCUUGAGACAGGCUCUGACAGCAGGAAAUCCUAUUCCUUUUGCACAAUUCCUUUAUCUGGUUCAACUACAGGCAAAGAAAGCAGUCAGCAUAAGGACCCACCGCUGGGUCUUAAGCAGAGACCACAACCUAUGCAUCUUGAACAAUCAGUGACAGAAACUUGCUGCAAAGGAAACUCCUGUCAAAUACUAGCCUGCCAAAGACAGACCAUACUGAGCUGCAUGACAGAAGGACGUCUCAACCACAUCCUCGAUGUCCUUCGCUCACAGCAAAUGUUGUCCCGAAUGGAUUAUGAAACAAUUACCUCUUACCCCACAGUAACUGGCCGUGCUCGGGCAUUGUUGGACACUUGCCUUUGCCUUGGAGAGAACACAGCACAGGUUGUAGUGACUGCACUUUCAGUGACCAAAUGUAGUCCUCUGGGACGAGGCAGCCAUUACCUGGACUGUCCUUCUAAGGUAAAUAAGCUGUUGCUGUGACUUAUAUUUUUUGCACUUUGUUCCAUGGAUCAGAGCACUGGUAAUUUGGAAUGGCAACGAUUCACAUUAAUUCCUCAUAACCCACUGACUGAAGUCAGUCCUUUCUACAGCUCAUGAUUUUAGUCCUCUAGUGGAAAAAGCUAGCUGGAUUAAAAGGUCAAGCCAACCACUGCCUGCAGAAAUUGCCAAUACCGCUAUAACAAAUUCUAAUCUGGACCUCAGAGAUGGGAGGAGUGCAAUGUGUGCCGGAGCAAAUAUAAGGUGUCAUCUGACAAACUAUUUCCUUGAUUUUUUUUUUUUAUUUUUUUUUUAAGAAGGGAGGAAAAUGGAUCACGACUUUGGAGGUCACACUAUUGAAGAAUAGCUAUUACUUUUUCUAUCCUUAUUUGGAAGGAUAACAACAGGGCACUGGAUGAGGAGAAAAAAAAAUACCACCUUUCACUGAGCUCAUACCUAAGCCAGCUGUUAGAGCGAAAGGCUUAAGAGAAUCAGAAAGAUUUCUUCAACAUAUGCAUAUGAAUUAUUUUAUUUUCACUCACAAAUGGUCACAUGCUCUGAAAAAGAGGCAGUGAUAGCAGCACUUUGGAGAGGCGGAGCUUAAAGUAUUUACUAAAUUGAAAAAUGUUAAUACCUUACAUCCAUGCAGUUCUGUAGGUAUGUCUGCAGUUCAAAUGUAAAAUUAAACCAGGAAGGAGAGGUGCCAAGCCAAUCAUUUGAGAUGGUGGUUCUGCUGAACUGCAAAGCAAAGCUGUAAGAUUAUUUUAAUUAUAAUGAAAGUGAGGUUAUAUAAGAUGCUGGUUUUUUGAAGGCACAGUAGGAUUCCUUCAAGCUUCACAGCACUGGAUUAACACGAGACCUUGUUAUACAAUCUCCAAGUAUUUCAAAUGCAAAACCGUGUUACUGUUUCCCUGUGUUGCGUUUGUUCUCUCUGCAGUUUCAAACUGCUUAUUGAAUUCAGUAGUUUGGCAGGUUGGCAGGUUUUAAAUACGGUGAUGGUGUGUUUCUAGGCACAUCUAAGAUACAAGAAAUUUGUUAUAUCACAUACUACAAUGCUGCUGAACCAUAAAGAUUUUUUAUGUAAAUUCAUUAAGCUUUAAGACUGCCUUGACAUAAUAUAUUGUUACAAUUAAAGCAAUGUCCUAUUAAAGGAGCUAAAAAUCUA